AUGGGUGAUUACUACCGCCAGUUUCUUUCUACAAUGUCGGGGGCGGAUGGCUAUCUGCCUACGAGCCCCGACGAGAUGAACCAGGUCCUCGGUCCCGGAAUUCCGCUACCAAUGUCAACCCCUCCAAUGCACUCUCCAUAUCCCUCCACUAUGGGAAAUAUGGGAUACUUCGCCGGCUAUCCGGAGCCCACUAUUAUCAAUGCCCCCAAGGCAAGCAAGAGCAGGCGGCGGUCAGCUGCGAGUCAAGGCGGGAAUUUAGACCAGGUGAAGCAUCGUAGGACACGCUCCGGCUGUUAUACGUGCCGCAGCCGCCGAGUCAAGUGUGACGAGACUCGGCCCAUCUGUGACAGAUGCAGGAAAGGAAGUCGAGACUGUAUUUACCCUGAACCGCCAGGAUCCAAAGGUAAUUCGGGUCAGCCUACUGCCAAAUCCAAAGACGGUUCAUCCGCCCAGUAUAUAAGUCCCACAUCUUCUAACGAGGGGGAAGAAGACGACACAGAGCAGGAAACAAGACUCGGAACUAUUCCCGAUGAUGACGAACCCGAUGGGCUACCCCGGCGAGAGUCGGUAUCUGCCUUCUCGCAACCGCGGAGAGCAAGUGCAGCAUCACCCAACAUGGCCCUAACGAGCGCCCGCCAGACUUCUGAAACGCCAUCACAAGACGGUAAUAAGAGUGUUUCACCUUCGACUUCUAACGUAACGACGGGCAGCUGGACGCCGGCUGGUUACCAAGGGGUGGAAGCGAUUCUGCCGGCGAGCGGAGGCUUAGACCGAUUACAUCUGCCCCAAGAUUUUCGGAGUUACCUCCGAUACUUCAAAGAGAACAUGACAAACUACCACUAUGGCCUAGCGGUCGACGAAGACGACUUUUUCAAUUCCGAGCUACCGAGUGUUGCGAUACAAUGUGAACCACUGCUCAAUGCUUUGGUUGGAUUUGCCGCGUACCACGUCACUUUGCAAAAUUCACAUGGACAACUUCAAGACUUCCUGCAGUACUAUAACAAAAGCGUGACUCAGUUGCUGAGUCUUCUGAAAAGAAAAGAAACGCACAGUGUCCAUGUGCUACUGACAAUAUUACAACUUGCUACGAUCGAGGAGUACCUAGGAGAUUGGGUCAACCUCAUGGGCCACCAGAAGGCUGCAUUUGAAAUUCUUACCCAAAUUUACACUCCGGAGACAGCGAUGCAAACCUCGAUAGGCCGAAUGUGUCUCAGCUGGUAUGCUCGAUUUGAUAAUAUUGUUGCCCUGAUGGGUAGAUUUCCCACGGAAAUACCCCGUGAAUGGUUCACGACCAUGAUUGCGUAUUAUCAAACUCAAAUGGCGUCAAACCCCACGGAACUGCGUUGGAAGAUUGAAGAUCGAUCCGCUCGCCUGCGCCUCAUCUCUUAUGACAUGUCUACGUUGUAUGCGCGAGGAAGCCGGAAGCAAAUCUCACCGACAGAUUACAGUAAUGAGCACUGUUUUCUGACUGCACAACUUGAAGAAUGGAAGGGAAGCUGGGACCCUAUGUUAUGUGAUCAAAAGCAUCUAAUUACCGAUUUUAACUGGCAACGUCCGUUGAGCCCCGACGAUAUUGUCAAUCCGUACCGCCCAGGUUUACUCUACGAUCAUCCCCUAUUCAACAGUACCGUCAUCACUAUGGAAUGGCAUAGCAUUGUCAUUAUGCACAAAACUCAGUCACCCAACAUCUCUCCAGAGCAGCUGUUCUCUGAAUUAGGGGGUCAUGCGUUUACGGUUUGCGAGCUCUUCGAGUGUUUAGAGUAUUGGCCAGAUUUACCCUCGGGAGCAUUAAUCGCGGUGCAACCAUGUCUUGCAAUUGCAGGCCUUUUCUUGCCGCACCAGCCGAGCAAUAAUAUGUGGUUACGAAGGAAGUUUGCCCUUUUGGAAGCUCAGGGACAUAUUAACCCUGCAACUCGCCGCGAAAAGAUGGCAGAGAUCUUUGGGGACCCUUCAUGUGCCCGGUGGUGGUUGCCGAACGAUGAAGGCUUCACGCCGAUUCUCCAGAGCGUAAGAAGCUUUGCCGACGAGCGAAACGCCAGGGCGGUGAACACACAACAAGUCAAUCUCCGUGAGGUGAAACACCUCUUUGACAAACUGAUCCUUUAA